AGACUAUAAAUGCUGACUACAGUGUGAAACCACAUCACAAGCUCAUUUAAAUGCUACAAGAAAGAAUGAAACUAUCACCACCACCACUUACCAACAACGAACAACCAGCCGCGGAUACUUCAGUUAAAUCUUGCGGUGGAGGCGGUAGAGAAACCUUCUCGGCGACGAGGCAUCCAGUGUACCACGGAGUUCGCAAACGUCGAUGGGGAAAAUGGGUUUCCGAGAUCAGAGAGCCCCGAAAGAAAUCUCGGAUUUGGCUCGGAUCUUUUCCGAUACCGGAGAUGGCAGCUAAAGCUUACGACGUGGCGGCGUUUUGUCUGAAAGGAAGAAAAGCUCAGCUAAACUUCCCCGACGAAAUCGACGAUUUACCUCGCCCGUCGACGUGUACGGCCAGAGAUAUCCAAGUCGCGGCGGCCAAAGCGGCCAACGCCGUAAAGAUCAUUAAAACGGGAAAUGACGUGGAAAAUAUCAGAGGAGAAGGAGAUGAUUUCUGGGAAGGCAUAGAGCUGCCAGAGCUUAUGAUGACCAGAUGUGGGUGGUCGCCGGUGCCUUUCAUUGCCGGAGACGAUGCCAUGUGUCUGGUGGACGAAGACUCGUAUCAGUAUCAGUUCAUGGCGUGUCUGUGAAUGCAUGUAGUUGUCGACUGUGUUCUGCCUAUUCACUAUACGUGUGCGCUGUACUGUUACUGUCUUGGCUAGAUCGAUUAAAUGCAUGCAAGUAUAUUUUUAUGCAUUUUUAUUAUUUGUCUCUAGUUUAUUAUUUUACGUGACGCGAUUAAUAUUAUAUAGAUACUAUCAGGUUUGUACGAUCUUGAAAAAAAUACGUAUAUCCGUAUAUGUGUGUUCUUAUACAGUUUUAAUUACAUAAGUUUGCUUGCAUAAGUAAUAAUGAUCCAGUGUUAAAAAAAAAAAAAAAAAAAGAAAGUAAUAAUGAUCCUAACUUUAACUGAUGUACUGAAAUUUAGGGUUGUUGCUACUUCCUAUUAAUAACCAUGCACUCAGUUUUCAUGGACGCAAAUAAAUAAGCCAUGCUUAGAAAUUUCUUUGAUCGAAAUGCUUAUUAAAAAAAAAAUAUAUAAUUAAGAUCGAUUUAGAUAUACAUGCUAAGAAAUGGACUACGCAUAUGUUUUUGUCCAGAAAGGAUCAUCCAUAAACGUGUCAGACCCUUUAUAUAACCAGUUCGACCCUAAGCUCGACAUAUAAAGUAGUAAUUAUUUGACCUAAUACAAGUAUUAAACAUUUUGACAUGUGCAUAUUAAGUUGUAGUACUGUAAUAGUAUUAUGUUCAUGUAGGACACACGAUAAGACGAGAACGCGGAAAGUGUACCCGCAUGGAACCAAGAGCUGUCUUGUUAGUGAACUUUGAAAUUAUUAGUAUUUGUCCUUGCAUCGUCGUGAUACGAUUUUGCACCACAUAUUAGGAUAUGUAAUGCAUCACGUGUUGAAUAAUCACGUCUAAAACGACACUCGAAUUUAUUAUUCGAGACAAGGACUUGUUGGACUUAAAUUGCAUCUUCACUCCAGAGCUAUCUAGUCGUUUAGAAGUCGAUUCCAAAAAAAUCGAAUAUAUAUAUUGGUCUUAUUAUAAAAUAUGAAAAUGUAGCUUCAUUGUGACCGUCGCAGUACGCAAACUAUCUAUAAAACUUCUUUCUGCUGGAAAUUCAUUAGCGCAGCUCCCUCCCUGAUGCAGCUCCCUCCCUAAAUAUGAAAAGAAGAGCUCCCUCCCUGAUGCAGCUCUUCUUUUCUUUCUCACUCUCUCCUGUCUAAUGUCUUCUUUCUUGUAAUAAGUGGGAUCACCACAACUCUGUAAAACUUGAAAAUUGGUUAUAAUAUCUUAACAUUUUAACCAAAAAAAAAAA